CAGUGCCCCUACUGUCUACAUAAACGAGUGAAAUGCAUUGGGCAUGGUUGCGAGGUGGAAAAUUCAGAGAACACAAGACAGAAAGGAAACUACGCAGAAUCAGAGGUGUCUGUGUGAAAGAGAAAAAAAAAUAACCAAGGGGAGCUGGCGGAAGGGGGGCGCUUAACUUUGGAAUCUCACCCCCUUGGGUUUCAAUGGGUUUCAUCAGAGGAGGAGUGUUGUUCAAGAUCUUGGUGUUCCUCUGCUUCAUCAGAUUAUCUCAAGGAAGAAACGAUUCCGCCACACUGGAUCUCCCUCCUCUCCGGAAGGCAAGCAGUUUCUCCAAAAUGCAGCAUGAGGCAUAUGACUACAUCAUUGUCGGCGGGGGCACGGCCGGAUGCCCUCUGGCAGCGACCCUGUCCAAGAAGUACAAGGUGCUCCUGCUGGAGAGAGGUGGAUCUCCUUAUGGCAACCGCAACAUCUCAUACCUUGAGAACUUCCACAUUUGCUUGGCCGAUGUGUCCCCGACUUCACCAUCUCAGGGAUUCAUCUCCACUGAUGGAGUCAUCAAUGCCCGCGCAAAGGUUCUAGGUGGAGGAACAUGUAUCAAUGCUGGCUUCUACAGCCGAGCCAACCAAAGAUUUGUGCAGGAUGCGGGAUGGGAUGAAGAGUUGGUGAAUCAGUCUUACCCUUGGAUCGAAGAGAGGAUUGUUUAUUGGCCAAAUAUUGCACCUUGGCAAGCUGCCCUGCGUGAUGGGCUGCUUGAAGCAGGGGUCUCGCCUUACAAUGGAUAUACCUAUGAUCAUCUCUUUGGAACAAAAGUUGGGGGAACCAUCUUUGAUGAGGCUGGGUACAGGCACACUGCUGCCGACCUCCUAGCUGCUGGAAAUCCUAACAAUCUCAGAGUGUUGCUUCAUGCUAGUGUGAACAAAAUAGUUUUCAUGAUGAAAAAGGGACAUCUGAAGCCAAGUGCUAUUGGGGUUCAAUUCAAGGAUGAGAAUGGUGAACAGCACCAAGCCUUUCUCAGCGAAAAGAGAGGCAGUGAGAUUAUUGUCUCUGCCGGUGCAAUUGGAAGCCCCCAGCUAUUACUGAUAAGCGGCAUUGGACCAAGACCUGAACUUAAGAAGCAUAACAUUUCUGUAGUGCUUCACAAUGAACAUGUGGGUAAAGGGAUGUCAGACAACCCUCUUAGCUCCGUUUUUAUCCCCACCGAGAGUCCCCCAAAGCAGUCUCUCAUUGAGACUGUUGGAAUAACUGAUGGUGGUGUGUUUAUCGAAGCCAGUAGUGGUUUCGGCCAGACAGACGAUAGCAUCCACUGCCACCAUGGAAUCAUGUCUGCUGAGAUUGGGCAGCUUUCGACGAUUCCUCCAAAGCAAAGGAGUUUAGAAGCAGUCCAUAAGUAUUUACAUAACAAAAAUAGCCUACCCAAAGAAGUAUUCCAUGGGGGAUUUAUUCUUUCGAAGAUUGAUGGCCCGCUGUCUAAUGGUGAUCUAGUUCUUGUGGAUACUGAUGCCAACAGCAAUCCUAACGUCACCUUCAACUACUUCAAGCAUCCACAAGAUCUGAGACGAUGUGUUUAUGGGAUCAAGACCAUUGAGAGAAUAGUGCAUACAAACACUUUCUCUAACUUUACUCCCAGAGGUUCUGGAUAUCCAAUGGAAAAGCUGCUCAACAUGAGCGUAGCGGCUAACAUAAACUUGAUACCGAAGCACACAAAUGACAGCACAUCCUUGGAGCAGUUCUGUAGGGAUACAGUGGUCACCAUCUGGCACUACCAUGGUGGAUGCCAUGUAGGCAAGGUGGUUGAUCAACAGUACAAAGUGAUUGGCACCUCAGGCCUCCGGGUGAUUGACGGAUCAACACUAUCCAGGUCACCAGGAACAAACCCGCAAGCAACAAUCAUGAUGAUCGGCAGGUACAUGGGAGUUAAGAUCCUACGGGAAAGAUUAGGAAGAGCGGCUGGAGUAUAAUAGAUUCUUGGACCUUAUCCAGUUCACCAUGUAAGAAUGUGACUUAGGAGAGGUAUAUAGUAAUUUUUUGAAGAGAUUCAUCAACGUGCGCCAAAGAAAGAAAAGUUAGGAGUACCCUCUGUAUUUUUACCCAUUCAUCUGGAAAUAUAUGGCCUACUAAAAUAUCGUUUUACAUCCA